AUGGCAAAAAAAGUGAGUUUAGAUAGAAGGAUUGAGCUUCACCUGUUAGAUAAACCGUAUGUGAAAGUGACGUCGUUGAUUGAUGUUAGGUAUGUUGAUGAGGCAUUGGUUACAUGGAAGGGAACAAAGCAAAACUAUCCACAACUUGGACUCCUACUAGCCAUUGAUCUCUCGUGUAACAAAUUAACAGGAGAGAUUCCUGAAGAAUUAAAUAGUCUUGAAGAACUGGUUGCAUUGAACCUGUCAAGAAAUUUUUUUACAGGAAAAAUUCUUCAGAAGAUUGGGCAUCUAAGACAACUAGAGGUGCUUGACCUGUCAAGAAACAAGUUUUCAGGAAGCAUCCCAACGAGCUUGUCUGAAUUAACAUUUCUAAGUAUCUUGGACUUGUCUUACAAUGACUUGUCUGGAAAAAUUCCAACCAGCACUCAACUACAGAGCUUUGAUCCUUCAUCAUUUUCCCAUAAUAGAGGACUUUGUGGUCCUCCGAUUUCACCGAAUUGCUCAAUGGUGGAACCACCUCCCCGCAAACCUGCAGUAGGAGGUGAAGAAUAUUGUGAUGAGUUCAUGAAAUGGUUUCACACUGGCAUGGGACUUGGAUUUGCAGUGGGUUUCUGGGGGUUUUGCAGUGUUAUGUUCUUCAAGCGUUCAUGGAGGCAUUCAUAUUAUCGUUACAUGGAUAAUGCAAAGGAUUGGGUUUAUGUUUCAUUUGUUCUGCUGAAAGCAAGGUUUGUGAGGAGAAUCAAAGCUCUUUCAACAAGGUGUGAUUAG